CACAGAGGUGGUGGGAGGUAGGGGAGGGGGGUGCUGAUUUUUACGGGAAUUGACACUGUGGCUCUCAGUCUGCUCAGACACAGCCAGGAUGCGGAACGCUGCAUUUCUCUUCCUCCUGGCCCUCCCAGGGCAAAUCGUCGGGGGACUGCUAUCCACCGAGACCCUCUACCCCACGCAAGAAAACUUUGAUCUGGACAGGUUCUUGGGAACAUGGUAUGACGUUGCCAUGGUGUCCAACUGUCCGAUGCAUCUGAAGCACCAGCGCGUGCGAUCAACAGGCACCUUAGAACUGCAACCUGGUGACACUAGCAACACUCUCCACAUGACAAGGACGGCUUACAGGCAAGGGAUAUGUAAGAACUUCUCAACGGUUUAUGAGCUGACCAAAACUCCCGGAAGAAUGACCCACCACAGCACUCAGUGGGGGGUUGACGUGGACUCCUAUGUGCUCCACACAAAUUACAAUGAGUACGCCAUCGUGGUAAUGUCCACAGAGAGAGAGGGAGGCAACCGCAGUGCUACGAUUAAGCUCUAUGGUCGCUCCUUGGAAGUGCGCCCCAGUCUGAUGACUGAAUUUAAGCAACUGGCAAAUGAGCAGGGCAUGAGCAAAGACUCUAUUGUGGUCUUCCGGAAGUUGGAGAAGUGUGUUCCUGGAGAGAAGGAGCCAGAGCCAGAAAUCGAGAUGCAGAGGAGGAGAAGAAACGUGGUUGUGCCAACUCCUGCACCUGAGGAAGGCUCCGGGGAUGACACGCCCCUCUUCCGCACUGCAGACUCAUGUCAGAUGUCCCCAGAUGUGGGCCCCUGCUUCGGGAUGUUCCAGCGAUUCUAUUUCAACUCCACCCUCAUGGCCUGCCAGGCAUUCGCCUUCGGCGGUUGCCUUGGCAACCAGAACAACUUCGUGACUGAGAGAGAAUGUUUGCAGAGCUGCCGUACGGAGGCUGCCUGCAGAAUGCCCAUGGACCCUGGCCCCUGCAAAGCGUACACUGAGCUGUGGGCCUUUAACUCUGCUAUUGGGAAGUGUGUCUCCUUCAAGUAUGGGGGCUGCCAGGGCAACGGCAACAAGUUCUACACCCAGAAAGAGUGUGAGGAGUACUGUGGAGUGAUAAAGGAGGGAGAUGAAGAGUUACUCAAGAUCAUCUGAAGGCAGGGACAGAGGAGCGGAUGAUGACUGCUCUCCAGCCCACUAUAACUAGGCAUGGCACAGACGAACUUCAGUACAUUCACCUUCAAUAAAGACCAUCACUAAUUCAGACCACACACACCUGGCAUAUCUGUCAUACUUGCACCUACAGCUUCUCACUUUUCUGCUUGAAACCUCUUUGCUUGUUGUGUAGUGACAGAUGGCAGCGUAUAGCACACGUGAGGAGCCAUUUUCUGUGAUGUUAGAAUUGAAUGAAAAGAUAAAGUGGGACUUGACCUAACUUGUCUUUCCAUCAAUGGUCUCUGUUUUGAAAAUGUGUGAAAUUUAUGUAAAGGACUGGUCAACUA